UUGGGUUGCAUAUAUUCUGUGAGGGAUUAUGUUUUGAAUGAUUUGUGGUGGGACAAGGUUGCAUAUAUUCUGAGAUUCACAGGACCUAUUUAUAAGAUGCUUCGAGUGGCUAACACGGAUGCGCCUAUUCUCCAUAAUGUGUAUGAAAUGUGGGAUUCCAUGAUAGAAAAUGUGAAGAAAGAAAUAUACUGGCAUGAAGGCAAUGAAGACUAUGAGGAGUCUCCAUUCUAUGAGGUGGUACACAUUAUACUCAUUGAAUGUUGGACUAAAAAUUGCACACCACUUCAUUGCCUAGCCCACUCCUUGAAUCCAAAGUAUUAUACUAAUCAAUGGAUUGAGGAAGUUAGAGGCCGUGUUGCGCCACAUAAGGAUGCUGAAAUUUCUAGGGAGAGAAACAAGUGCCUCAAAAGAUUCUUUCCUGAUCUUGAUGAUAGGAAGAAUGUUGCUAUGGAGUUUGGUUUGUUUUCAGGAAUUAUGGCUUAUGAUGAUGAUAACAUGGAUGAUAGGUGGACCUUCGAUCCAAUGCUUUGGUGGUCAAAUUAUGGGUCCAAGUUACCAAUGCUUCAAACUUUAGCUCUAAAGCUUCUUGGACAGCCUUGCUCAUCAUCAUGCGCUGAGAGAAAUUGGAGUACAUAUGGCUUCAUCCAUUGUAUGAGGAGGAAUAGAAUUACUCCUAAACGUGCUGAAGAUUUAGUGUUUGUUCAUUCUAAUCUUCAACUUCUUUCAAGGAUGAGGGAAGAGUACACUAAAGGAAACUCUAAGAAGUGGGACAUUGGUGGAGAUACUUGGGAUGAACCAUUUGGAGGACCUGGGUUGCUUGAGAUUGCUCAUCUCACACUAGAUGAGCCAGAGAUGGAGAUAAGUCUUGUAGAAUGAUGACUAUGUUGAUGAAGAUGAUGUUGUUGUUCUGUGAUAAUCUUGAAAGUUUAAAACUUGUUUUUCUUUUAUGUUUUUAGUUUGAUGUUGAACUUGUUGUUCUAUGGUAAUCUUGAAAGUUUAAACUUUAAAGCUUGUUUUCCUUUUAUGUUUUUAGUUUGAUGUUGAAUGUAGCCUAUUUAAACCUUUGGUUUGUACUCUAAACAUUUUAUUUGUAUUAUUGUCCUACUUUGGGUGUUAGUUUACU